UUCGGCUAAGACUUCCUUGUGUUCUUUGGCCCGGUUGCUGCUCUCUCGUUUCUCGGCUUCACCGUUCUUUUCUGUUUAUUCCUGAUAUGGAUCCGGUGAGAGUCGCGGCUGUUACCCCUCCAGUUGAGGCGAGCCAAGGGCCCGCUUGGUCACAGAGUAAGUGUCCAUGGGGAGCUCCUAAAAACACAACAAUAUCAUGUUCCCUUGCUGAUGUCAUGAGUGAACAACUAGCAAAAGAGUUGCAGCUGGAAGAAGAAAAUGCUGCUUUUCCAGAAGUGGUAUCGGUUGUUGAAGGACCAUUUAUUACUGGAGAGAAUGUUGACACUUCCAGUGACUUGAUGCUGGCACAGAUGCUUCAAAUGGAAUUUGACAGAGAGUAUGAUGCACAGCUUCGCCGUGAAGAGAAAAAGUUCAAUGGGGACAGCAAAGUGUCCAUAUCUUUUGAGAACUAUCGGAAGGUGCAUCCCUUUGAAGACAGUGACAGCUCUGAAGAUGAGGUUGAUUGGCAGGACACUCGGCAUGAUCCAUACAGAGCAGAUAAACCCACUACUACUCCAAAAAAGGGCUUUAUAGGAAAAGGAAAAGAUAUUACUACCAAGCACGAUGAAGUUGUAUGUGGAAGAAAAAACACUGCUCGGAUGGAAAAUUUUGCUCCCGAGUUUCAGGUUGGAGAUGGAAUUGGUAUGGAUCUAAAACUAUCCAAUCACGUCUUCAAUGCCUUAAAACAGCAUGCAUACUCUGAGGAACGUCGUAGUGCCAGGCUACAUGAGAAGAAGGAACAUUCUACUGCUGAGAAAGCAGUAGAUCCUAAAACACGCUUACUUCUGUACAAGAUGGUCAAUUCUGGAAUGCUGGAGACCAUCACUGGCUGUAUAAGCACUGGGAAAGAGUCUGUUGUAUUUCAUGCCAAUGGAGGAAGUAUGGGAGAUGAUGCCAAACCUGUGCCUUCAGAAUGUGCCAUAAAAGUAUUUAAGACAACACUUAAUGAAUUUAAGAAUCGUGAUAAGUAUAUCAAGGAUGACUAUAGGUUUAAAGACCGUUUCAGCAAACUGAAUCCACGAAAGAUAAUCCGUAUGUGGGCUGAAAAAGAAAUGCACAACUUAACAAGAAUGCGGAAGGCAGGCAUUCCUUGCCCAGAAGUGGUUACCCUUAAAAAACAUGUUUUGGUCAUGUCUUUCAUUGGUCAGGAUCAAGUGCCAGCUCCUAAACUAAAAGAAGUAAAACUCAAUAGCGAAGACAUGAAAAAGGCCUACUACCAAGUUCUUCAUAUGAUGCAGCAGUUAUAUAAAGAGUGCAGUCUAGUUCAUGCUGACCUGAGCGAAUACAACAUGUUAUGGCAUGGUGGACAGGUCUGGUUAAUUGAUGUGAGUCAGUCUGUGGAACCAACCCAUCCACAUGGACUUGAGUUCUUGUUCAGAGAUUGCAGGAAUGUUUCACAGUUCUUCCAGAAGAAUGGUGUAUCUGAAGCACUCAGUGACCGAGAGCUCUUCAGUGUGGUCUCAGGUUUAAAUUUUACAGCAGACAAUGAUGCAGACUUCUUAGCUGAGAUUGAAGCUUUGGAGAAAAUAAAUGAAGAUCAUAUACAGAAUCACGGGAAGAAGGUGUCUUCAUUUUCAAGUGGUGAAGAGGAUCCACCAACAUUUUGCAACAAAUAACAUUUUGAAAGAACUCAUUCCUCCAUCUAUCAUUUAGUGCAGUGACUAAAUGUCAUAUGCCAAAAGCAACAGAAAUCGUGGUCAGCUCAGAUGCUGUUAAUGAAACUUCAGGGGAAUAUGUGUUGGUGUGUCAGUUUGUUCACAUUAGGGCUGCUGGGACUUACCCAAAUAGCUCUGCGGGGAAAAAUGGAAUGUCACAUCUUUUCAAUCUGGCAGAAUUUUCAAGUACAUCGUACCCAAAUUAAAUGUGAGUUUUAAAUACAAUUUCCAAAUUGUGACAAUUUCAGAUUAAACUCUGAAGUACAAUUAAGUGCUAAAUGGUCUUUCCCUCCCUUCCAUUAAAUAGUGGUAUUCCUAAUUUUUACAAGUUUGACCUUGUUCUUAAAUUUUCAAUGUGUAUGCUUCAGGGAUCUUAUGUUACUAAACUGUUUGAUUUAUAUAGGUUUACUAUUUUCCCCCAAAAAACCUGAAAUGAAAGCAUCUUAGUAUAAAUGACAUUUUAUACUAAUUAAAAUCCUAAAAUAUUUUCCAAGUUUUAACAAAAAGAAUAUAGAAAUAUUCAGUUUGUAUAACUGAACGCUCAUAACGCUCAUAAUUUCUGUUAAUUCUUUUAAUGCUGUGUAACACUCAUAAUAUAAUUUAAUUAUAGCUGAUUUUUCCAAAUAUUGAAGUUGACAAGAGCAAAAAUAUUUGUACUGAACAGUAUUUAAAAGGAAGAUAGAUUAGGCAACAGUAACUUUAAAGAAAAAAAUAGUCUAAAUUAUGGAAAAGGAGUAGAGAAUGCUCAAAAGAACCUUCCUUAAAGCUAAUCCUAAUUGCAUAAGAUUGAGAUAAUUGCAGAUAGUUCCCUUCUUGUAGAGUAUAUUUAAGGAGUAAAAUCAAAAACAUCAGUUUUAUUUGAGUGUGUAGGCAUUCUGACCAUUACUACAUCGUGAUGCAGUUCAUGACUCACUUUACUUAAGAAUCGUAUAUGGAAAUCAGCACACCAUGUUGUUGAUACAUAGAUGAAGAAUUCAGAAUUCAGUGAACAUGCCCAUGAACUGCGUAUGAAAGCAUCACAGAACUCCCAAGAAUAGUGUCUCUCUUCACUCUUAGUUUUUUUUUCCCUUGAGUGGAUUUAUGUGAAACUAAAUCCAUUCUGGUAAGGACAGUAUAAGAAAGGGCCAUCCAUUCCUCAAAACACUUUGAGAAUGAAUUGAUGUCAGUAGGUUGGUUCCACCAUUGUAUUAUCACCUUUCCUUGUCCCGUUUCCUCUUUAAGUUUGUCCCUCAUGAUGCUGUAAUGAGAUACUGUUUUUGUGUGAGUAGCCUGUAAAAAUGCUUGUUGCAUUUGAAAAUGGGAUGUGAAAUAAACAGAUGAUGUCUUACAGCUGUA